UACUUUUUGACACUUUUUGACACAUAUUUUAAAUGUGUUUUUGAAAUCAACAUGUUUUUAAUAGAUUUUUGUGUCAAAUAAUAUGCGCAUUUAUUCAAAAUCAUUGGUGAGUCUAAAACAAUACAGUACUUAUAAUAUUCUACGAACGUUAACCGUAAGUUAUGAAAAUGCAUCUCCGAUCAAAAUAUUUAAACGUCGAAGAAGCAACGCUCCCUCUUCAGACUCAACCAAUCUGUCCAGUAAAGUAGCGUUAGUCAACGGUGGAUCAUCGCCUUUCGGGCUAAUAUGCGUCAAAGAACUUUUGAGAUGCGGUGCUAAGGGCGUGAUGAUUGCAGACUUUUGUGAGAAUGAAGGGAAACAAAAAUUGUGCCAGAUCUGUACGGAUUGCGAGACGAAUAGAGCGGCAUUCAUUAAAAGCGAUUUGAACAACGUUUUGUUAUUGAGAAAUGCUUUCCUCAAAACAAAAACUUAUUUCAAUCAAAUAAAUAUUAUUUUGAACGUUAUUGAACAAUCUCAAGAGAAAAUGUGGACCGAAGAAAUAAAUCAAAAUAUUGAAGGCCUUGUUAGAAGUACUUUACUGGGUUACGAAUUUAUGGGUAUUCAUAAAGGAGGAUAUGGAGGGACGAUUUGUAAUUUAAUUAUAUCUCCAUCAUCAGAAGGCAAGGAGCUGUGUCCAAUUUUAGCGGCUACUAAAACCUAUGCGAUCAGUUUCGCUAAAGAAAUGUCUUCAAAGUUUAACAACAAAACAGGAAUUAAAGUGAUCACGGCUUUUGCUGAUAACGACGUAGAUAACGAGUCUGCAUCGAAAGAUAGUAGUGAAAAAAGUGACAGAGACAGUAUAUCAAAAAUGUUGGAAAGCGCAUCCCCAGGAUCUGUUUGGACAUUACAUUUUAUAAAAAGAAAUAACAACUAAAUAAAAAAUUGAUAUUUCAA